CCGCGGGACCCAGAGGCCAGACUGAGGCUAAUGGCGGCGUCCAGGAAGCAGCCCACCCGGGGCGUGGAGGAGGCCGCGGCGGAAGACGAACGGCGAAUUCUGGAACCCGGGGCCGCCCCGUUCGGAAAUUUCCCUCAUUAUUCCCGCUUCCACCCUCCAGAGCAACGGCUCCGCCUCCUGCCCCCGGAGCUCCUUCGCCGGCUCUUCCCUCGGGGUCCCGAGACGAGGCCGAUCCUGGGGCUCGACGUGGGGUGUAACUCCGGGGAUCUGAGUGUGGCUCUAUACAAACACUUCCUUUCCCUACGUGAUGGGGAGACCUGCUCAGAUGCCUCAAGAGAACUCCAUUUCCUCUGCUGUGACAUAGAUCCAGACCUGGUGGAGCGAGCUGAAAAAGAAUGCCCUUUUCCUGAUGCCUUGACCUUUAUCACCCUGGACUUCAUGAACCAAAGGACCCGGAAGGUUCUCUUGAGCUCUUUCCUAAGCCAGUUUGGACGUUCAGUUUUUGACAUUGGCUUCUGCAUGUCGAUAACCAUGUGGAUUCAUCUGAACCAUGGGGACCAUGGCCUCUGGGAGUUCCUGGCCCACCUUUCCUCCCUCUGCCGCUACCUCCUUGUGGAGCCACAGCCCUGGAAGUGUUACCGGGCAGCUGCAAGGCGUCUCCGGAAGCUGGGCCUCCAUGAUUUUGACCACUUCCACUCCCUUGCCAUCCGAGGUGAUAUGGCCAAUCAGAUUGUACAGAUUUUGACCCAGGACCAUGGCAUGGAAUUAGUAUGCUGCUUUGGCAACACCAGCUGGGACCGAAGCCUUCUGCUCUUCAGGGCAAAACAAACCACAGAGACUCAUCCAAUCCCUGAAUCACUGAUAGAAGAAGGGAGAGAAAGGAACAGAUUAACAUUCUGGAGACAGUGAGAUGGGAGGGUGGGAAAAUUAGGAAAGAGAUAUUAAAAGGGUUUUAUACUAAGAAUUAAGUUCACUCUCUUUAACUCCUGAUAGUUAAGCAGCCUUAAAACCUGGCAGAAGCUUUUGGCAAAAUGUCCAAGACAUGCAACUGAAAGAAUCAGUAUCUGUUCCCCAUUGUUUGGGAUGAUCCCUGAGGACAAUACAUCUGUGGAGCAAUGAGCUGGUCUGUCUGGAUUGAGAUGGCCUAGAAAAAGUGAUCCUGGUUCUGGGAUAUGGAAGGAGCUGCUUUUGGUGGUUAUUUAGAAAGACUUGGACCAGGCUAGCCUUAGAAUGUAUCAGUUCCCUGGGCUCCUUGAAUCUAAUCUGGCUUCUGGACUUUCUCAUCUUGCCUUCUAGCAAAACCUCACAAUACAAUCUGGAAUGAAGGGCCACUGGCCCAGCUAAAGGAGAGGGUUAGUAGGGAAAACAUCUUAUCUUUCCGGAGCACGUUAAGUCUCCAACAUGCCCAAGCUCAGCACAGCAGUUACAGAUACUAACCAAGAUGCAUUGACUGGCAUUUAAAAGAUGUUUAAAAGGUUUAAAUUAUGAACCCCAAAUCCAGCUGGUACAAAUGAAAUGAAUGAAGUGGGAUUGUCUACUAUAUAUAUAAUUAUGUAUUAUACAUAAUAAAAGUGACUUGAGUAUGGUUGAGAAUGCCCUGUGAAUCUGGGGUAGAUAAGAAACUUCUGCUUUUAACCACUUUAUCCAGGGAGGUUUCAGCUCCAGAAAAAGAACCUCAUCCAAGCUCAGAACAGAAAACAUGCCAGCGAGUCAGUUAAUGCAGGACUUUUUUGUCAGCGUCCUCUGCUAAAGCACACCAAUAUGGGGGUGGGGGGCACACAC